CACAUUAAGUCUCAUUCACGUACGAUAUACGUAAUUUUCUGUCGUAGUCCGAAUGGUAAAACUCCAUGAGCUCGGAAAGUCCUACUUGAGAAUUACCAAGCUGAAUGGAUUGUCCGUGAUCAGCCGUGGUCCGCGUCUUGUUCUAGAAAACAAGUAAUGAACCACAGAAACCGAUGAAGAAUGGAAGGAAUCCUAUAUAAGUGGACGAAUUACAUAAGUGGUUGGCAACCCCGCUGGUUUGUGCUGGAAGGAGGGACUUUGUCCUACUAUGACUCCCAAGAAGAUGCAUGGAAAGGGUGCAAGGGCAGCAUCAAAAUCUCAGUGUGUGAAAUACAGGUUCACUCAUCUGACUUCACACGAGUGGAUUUGACCAUCCCAGGAGAGCAGUACUUCUACCUCAGAGCUAUCAAUGCAGCAGAGAGGCAGAAAUGGCUGGUCGCGUUGGGAUCUGCAAAGGCCUGCCUCACAGAUAACCGAACCAAGAGAGAGAAAGAGCACCAGGAGAGCACAGAGGCUCUGAAAACCAAGAUGUCUGAGUUAAGGCUUUACUGUGACCUUCUCCUCCAGCAAGUCAACCAGAUCCAGGACAGUGACGAGCCAGGAGAGACUGAGACGGCUGGUGAGAACCCGGGCACUCUGGUGAAGUCUACGUGCACAACCUUCCUCAAGACAUUGGAGGAGUGCAUGGCAAUAGCCAACCGCACCUUCAGCUCUGACCACGUCACCAAAACCCCACCCGGGUCCCCUCCGGUGGCUGCCGUCAAACCCCAGAAGAUCAAACCAGUCAAUCAAUCCAAUCAGUAUCUUGGGGAAAGACAGAGGGAGUUGAAAGAGAUCUCCAGAGGAGCUGCACCACAUGACAACCAGAGCGUGGGCUGCGACGCAGAGGGACCAGAUGAACUGGACGGACCAGACCCAUUUUCUGGGAGAACCACCCAAGCACCCCCAACAGAGAACCACCCCGUCAUCCAGGAUCAGCGAGCCCUAAAGGAAUCGACAGUGGAGGAGGCUGUUCCCAGGGCAACCCACACAACCCCCGACCUUGAACACACUGACCAACCAGCACAGGAGGAGGAGCAGGAGGAGCAGGAGGAGGAGGAGGAGGAGGAGGAGGAGGAAGAAGAAGAAUUCAAAGAGGUGGAGCAGGAUGUGAUCAAUGUCCAGGAGAGCCAAGAAGUGAUCCAGGACCAAAAGGUAACGGUCACUGAUCAAGAGGAGGAGGAGCCUGCCCUGCAAGAUGAAGAAGGGAGAGAAGAGGAGGAGAAGGAGGUGGAGCCAGUGGACACAUUCUUCAGCACAAUGAGUCACAGAUUUAGUGAUAUAAGGCUGGACGUCGACAGUGGCAUUCCAACCCAAGAGUUUUUGGACUCAUGCUAUGCAAUAGUGCCUGUUUUAGACAAACUGGGACCCACAGUAUUUGCUCCAGUUAAAAUGGAUUUUACAGGCAACAUCAAGAAGAUCCACCAGAAGCUGUCGUCAGACCCUGGCAGCUUCCCCACCCUGCAGGCCAUCGUGCUCCACGAGGUGCAGACUGACGUGGCUCGGGUCCGCAACUCGGCCACGGAAGCCCUUCUGUGGCUCAAACGAGGCCUGAGGUUCCUCAAGGAGUUCCUGUCCCAGGUCAAUUCAGGGGAGAAGGACAUCCCUGGAGCACUGAAUCACGCUUACGGGCGGUCUCUGAGGAGGUAUCACGGCUGGGUGGUGCGCGGCGUAUUUGCUCUGGCCCUGCGAGCGGCACCGUCCUACGGCAGCUUUGCGGCGGCGCUGGUGUCCAGAGAGGGGGACGAGCUGAAGCAGGGCUUCAGCACCGGUAUGCACCGGGACCUGGGCGUGUACCUGCCGGCCAUGGAGAAGCAGCUGGCCAUCCUGGACGCCUUGUACGAGGAGUACAACCUGGAGUCGGACGAGGUGGUCUGAUGCUGACACUGGAGUGGCCUCCCAGAGAUGGAGGAGCGGGGAGCCCUCUGCAGGAUGCUGCCGCUUUAACCCUGGACCCGUGGGCUCGGUGGGUGCACCCCAAAAAUGGAGCCCCAGGGAGCGCGCUCACCAGGUUAACCAAUCGGAUACAUCCGGAGGGCGGCGAGUGUGAGCAGGCCAGGCGUGUGACUGGACGUCUGUAAGACGACGUGUUGUUUCAAACACGCCUAACUCUGAAACUAUGAUGUGGACGUAGCUCUAAAGAAGAGGGACUAUGUUUUGGAGGGAGGUGUUUUUCAGGUAUCAGUGUCUGUUGUCAGUAUAGCUCUUAACCAAGAAUCGUAUUAGCCAGUAUACAGAGUUGGACCGGUUUACCUUCAUAUUAUUAUAAUUUUUUUUUUAUUGUGGUUUAGUCAUUCCAACUACAAAGGGUGAGCCCUAUUAUGAAAACUCAAACUCUAAUUACUCUCUUUACAUUGCACAUUUCAUGAUAAUGGACUUUGUUUUAAUUGGUUUAGAUGUACUGCAUUUGGCUCUUUUCCCUUCACAACUUAAAUAAUGAAGAAAUCUACCUGUGGCCCCUAGGCUACUGAAACUGCACAAAUGUUUUUAAUUUAAGGUAGUAAUUAUUUAUUAUUAUUAUUUAAACAGAUUUGUAGGGCCAUAUUUUGUCAGCAUAUUUUAGCUGAGUGUUCAUUGAUCGACAGACUGACCAGUUGGACCAAAAGGAAAAGUUCAUGGGAGUAGCAUUAACUUGAGCUGUCUAAAGCAGGGAAACUGUGGGUACAUUUCCAGAUGUAACUUUCAGUGUAAACGUAAAAGCGUAAAACCAAAUAAAGCUUGCAGAAGAGAAAAUGGA